AACUUGUGGUCUUUUGAUAUAAGGGCUCAGUGUCUCUGUUGCACCAUGGCUCUCCUCUCACUGUUUCUGCUCACCUGUCUCUUGUCUCACAUCGGACAAUGUGCUUACAUCGACAUGGGCAUAGUGAAUGGCUCAGUGGUUAAACCACAUUCCAGAUCCUACAUGGUUUCUGUUCAAAAAGAUGGAAAACAUCAUUGUGGGGGCUUCCUCGUGUCAGAGAGCUUUGUCAUGACAGCUGCACACUGCUGGGAAGCAGGGGUGAAGCUGACGGUUGUAGCUGGUGCUCAUGAACUGAAAAAGAGCAAGUCAGCUUUGGGCCAUAUAGAAGUGAAGCUCUACCACAUUCACCCGGACUAUGACUCAAAUUCUUUACUCAACGACAUCAUGCUGCUGCAGUUAAAUAAACCCAUCAACAAGACCAAGAAUAUCAACUGGAUCCCCUUACCAAGCAAAACGAAACCAGCAGUUAAGGCCAAGAAGGUCUGCAGCAUAGCAGGCUGGGGUAAACAAUCUGAUACUGGAGCAGGAAGUAGUCAUCUCAGGGAGGUCGAUGUAACUGUCAUCGACACAAAGAACUGUGAGGAAAUAUGGGGAAAACCCUUUUCUGUCUCUGGAUUAAUUUGUACUCGCGGUCAUGGGGCAUUUUGUCAGGGAGACUCUGGGGGUCCUUUGGUGUGUCAUAAAACAGCCGUCGGUAUUAUUUCAUUCAACGAUUCCUGUAAAUCACCAAAGAGGCCAAAUGUCUACACCAAAAUAUCUAAUUUUCUACCUUGGAUUAAUUGUAUUUUAGGACGCAAGGAGUUCAAAGUUAGUGUCAUGAUGAAGGUUUUGCACAUUCUGCUGCUUACAGGAGCUUUCAGCAUCCUCCGGUUUAAUGCCACACACGGAGAGGAAAUCAUCAAUGGCAGGAAAGCCAAGAAAAACUCACUGCAGUACAUGGCAUCUGUGCAGUCGAAUGGCAAGCAUAUAUGUGGAGGAUUCCUUAUAAACCCCAAGUUUGUGCUCACUGCUGCCCACUGUGACAAAAGUGACAACCUCAGUGUAGUCAUUGGGAGUCAGAACAUCGAUUCGAACAAGAGCAGUCUGAAAAAGUAUGCAGUGCAAAGCAAGCACCUAAGCAAAUCAUUUAAGGGUCCCCGUUUCGGGUUUGACAUCAUGCUCCUGAAGCUUUCACAGAAAGUCAAGCUGGAUAAACAUGUAAAAAUCAUCAAAUUCUCAAGCAAAAGCAAACCAAUUAAGCCUAAUACAAAGUGCCAGGUUGCUGGAUGGGGAAAAACUGAAAACCAGAAAAUGGUGAAUGACCUUCUUGUGGCCGAUGUGUCAACCAUAAAUAUGACAGCCUGUAAGAAGGAGUGGAAUAAAGUAAAAGUAGAUCUCCCGGAACACAUUCUGUGUGCAGGAGGCUAUGGAACCAAAAGUGGAGCAUGCCAGGGUGAUUCUGGUGGGCCUCUGGUUUGCAGUGGUCUUGCAGUGGGUAUUGUGUCCUUCAAUUUCAAGAACAACUGUAACUAUCCAAACGUGCCUAACGUCUAUACUGAGAUUUCAGCAUAUGCAGAGUGGAUUAAGAAAAUAAUGAAUGGAGAUGCUUGAGGUUGUUAAGGUUAAGGUUCUUCUGUGUUAACAGUCAGAUGAAACAGAAAACACCUGACAGAAACCACAUUAAAGUUAAACCACAUCCUUAAAUCAGCUUUUAGUAGUAGAAAUGUGAUUACUUAAUUUAAACUCUUACUUUUUUGUCAGACUUGAAUCAGUAUGUAUUAUAUAUUAUAAAUUAGUUUUUCUAUACUGUACCUGAAAGCCAUGUACUGUACCUUUCAUGAUGCAGUUAUGAAAUCAGGCAGAUCCCGGGCAACAGUUUCAGUUCUUGUUCACAAUAAACUUGAGUCUCAGUUGUAUAAAUGCAAUGGCUUUACUGUAGAUAUAAAAAAAUCUAUAGACUGCAGAUAAACCCCUGCUGUAUGUGCAGAAUGUUCUUGGGAUUUUUUUGGUUUUAUUUGACAGCUGCUGAAAAAUCCUCAAAAUCACCAUGUCUGAAAUGUCAGACAUUGGAUUUAAAUAAAGGGGAGAUGAUUUGUUAAAGGCAACUCAAAAUAAGCAAAUAAAGCAGAAACAAGAAAAAUGAAUGUGUCUGAACAUGACCAAGGAAAUGUGUAAAACAAAAUAUGACGAUGUAAUUUGCUUAAGGUUUUUAUCACUAGACCCUUUAAUUUUAUCAGGGAUGUGUAGACUCUAAACUAACUAUACAGUGUGUCUCAAAAUUCAACAUGUAUUAAAUAUUUAGUUUACAAAACACCAUAUGAUUGACAUUUUUUGCAAACAGACAUCUAGUAUAAAAUGAUCUGUGUGCUCGUACAUUAAAGGGGUGACUUUAGGGACAUGCUGUACCAGAGGCGUAGCCAAAAGUAAAAAAAAACAAAAAAACAAAGUGAAUUUUAGUGUUUUAAUGACAUUUUUAAAUUCGUAAAAUUAUGACCAUCAAGAUAUUAAGAUUUAUUUAUUUUAUGCAAUAAAACUGCUAUAGAACAAUCAAUAUUUAAUAUGAUGUCCUUUAUUCUUUAAAACCAGCUGGAUCGGCAUAGUAAAUAGGUCGUCUGCAGUACUCUGGUGUUACUUGCUCAAUCCAUGCCUGCUUGAUGGCUUCCUGAACAUUAUGUAAAUAAAUUCACCACAGACGUUCACAAUUUCCUUGAAAGUUCCCUAGUUUGGGCCAUUUUUUUAUUUUUUAGAUUAAUCAAAAUCAGCCAGAUAGUCUAGAAAUAAUUAGGGACAUUGCCAGUUUUGUGCGCAGGGAGUUUUGUGCACUGUUUUGUUUUUAUUAUUUUACUUUUAAAAUUAGCCGAAGCGCUUUGACAAUACUGGUUAUUAUCUGCAUGCCAGUGAAGCCUAUUUUACCUGAACUGAACUCAAGGAGAGACACAACCGUAACUUCAGUAACCAGGAAGUUUUCUCUGACUUUUCUUUAUAUAAUAGCCUAGAAGGCUAGA